GGGGGUUGGUCCUUUCUGGAGCAGUUUCUAUCACUGAGUGAGUGAGAGAGGAUCUGGAAGAGCAGCUGACUGUUUCCUUCUCUUCUCUGCGUUUCUCUGCCCGUGCUAGCGGAAAGAUUAUUCGCCAGAUACCAGCAAGCUACAAAACACAGCAGUUCUCUGAGGUCCACCACUGGAGCAACAUUCCCUUCUGUUGCAGUACCCAACUUCUGCACUUGCCUGAUCAGCUCUGACCGUGGUCCUGACUUGGUAUCCUGGGAGCUAUCCAGGGUCUGAUGCAUCCCUGGUCCUUGUCUCAGAAGGGAUGGUGGCAUCACCUGGAGCAGGAUAUCCGUCCAGGGAGGCAAGCCACCCACAGCCACUCUGUUGCAUCUGGACUGGGCUUCAGUUUAUGGACUCCCUGAAGUCCAUGACUGCUUGCAGCAACAAUUCGACAUUUCUGUAGCUUCACCUGCAUCUGAUGAAAAGGAGAAAUAGAGCUAGGUGCUGGCAGACUACUGAUGACACCAGUAUCUCAAUCCCUGGAUGACCUCAUUCUUUGGUUUCAUAUAGACAUCGAACAGCUUGAGGAAUGGAAGAGAUCAGGAGAUGAAGUUGCCCUCCCUCUCAGAUGGGGAGAUGCCAGACAGCUGGAAUGCGUCCUCGGACAGCCUAGAUGCCCGGGCUGCGGGCAUUAUCGUGCCAGUGGUCUUUUCUCUCAUCUUCCUCCUGGGCACAAUAGGGAAUGGCCUGGUGCUGGCCGUGCUGCUACGCAACGGGCAGGUGAAAUACAACACCACCAACCUCUUCAUCCUCAACCUCGCUGUGGCAGACCUGUGCUUCAUUGUCUUCUGCGUCCCCUUCCAGGCAACCAUCUACACACUGGAUGGAUGGCUCUUUGGUGCCUUUGCCUGCAAGGCCGUGCACUUCCUCAUCUACCUCACCAUGUAUGCCAGUAGCUUCACCCUGGCUGCUGUCUCUGUGGACAGGUAUUUGGCUAUUCGUUACCCACUGAAAUCUCGGGACCUCCGGACCUCUCGCAAUGCAGCUCUUGCCAUUGUAAUGAUUUGGACUCUUUCCCUGCUUUUUGCGGGGCCCUAUCUCAGCUAUUACCAAAUAGUCCACUACCAAAGGGUGCCCAUUUGCGUCCCUGUUUGGGAGGACCAACGUCGCAAGAUCUUGGACAUCCUCACCUUUGUAUUUGGCUACAUCCUCCCAGUUUUUGUUGUUAGCCUAGCUUAUGCUAGGACUAUUAAAUUCUUGUGGACCUCUGUAGAUCCCAUUGAGAGAAUCUCAGAAUCCCGCAAAGCCAAGCGCAGAGUCACCAAAAUGAUCGUCGCAGUAGCUGUCCUCUUCUGCCUAUGUUGGCUGCCUCACCACCUGGUGAUCUUGUGCUUCUGGUUUGGCUAUUUCCCUUUUAACCGUGCCACCUAUGCUUGUCGCCUGGCUUCUCAUUGCCUGUCAUAUGCCAAUUCUUGCCUCAACCCAAUUGUUUAUGCGCUCAUAUCCAAGCACUUCCGUAAGCGAUUCAAACAAGUCUUCACCUGUGUCCUCAUCCAGAACAAGAAUGGAAAGAAGCGAGUUGGCAAUAAGGUCCAUGUGGCCAACGUUGCCAAUGGUUUAGUCAAUCAUACGGCUGGUUUCUGUGGAGGAAACACUGAAGUAACCCAGCUCCAUGAGGAAAACACCAAAUGCUACCAGGGCCUGUUGUUGAAAGAAACUGAAAGUGUCCUUCCUGAGCCAUGGCCUCAUCAGUUACAAGACACUGUCAUCUCUGACCAGGGGGGACUGAUGGAUGAAGAAGCUUCUGGAACAACUGACAACAACCCAAUAUCUGUGACACCUCAUGAGAGGACUGUAAACUAAUUCCCCAGGGCAGAUGAUAUAAAAUGAGGAGCAACAACACUCAGUUUGACAACCAGAUACCUAAUCACAUCAGACAUUUGUUGAUGGGAAAUAGGCUGGUUCUAGGUAGUUCUCCUCAAUGCAGCCAAACUACCCAUAAUUCCCCAGUGAAAGUGUCAAUUUUUGUCAGCUGAGGUUUCAUUUCAAUAGUUCUAGUUAUAUUCUGUUCUUGCAGUGAAGGCUACAGAAACCAUAAAUGGAACUUGCAAAAGGCUAGUACAUGCUAUUGUAAAAAUAAACAGGGUGUGUAUGCCCUAAUCAUAA